AUGGAGACCCCAGCCUCAAGCCCUCAAUCCCGAAUUUUGGGCCGCUCCUCCAUGUUUCGCUUUUUCCGCAGCCUGGUGGGGAGCAAGGGCAGCCCAAAGAGCUCAGGCAAGGCCCUGCUGGGGGGUCGGUCUUGUCCCUUGCGAGAGCAGGACGCCAUCCCUUUGAUGACUGACUGCCAGGGAGGAGCGGGGAGGGAGGGGUCCAGGCCGCCCGCCACGCUGCCCUACACCCUCUCUGUGGCCCUGCCACGGCCCAGUCUCUCAGGGCUGGGAACGGGGGACACAGGGGCCCAGACCCCUACCCCCGUGGAGGUCCUAAGGGUCGUGGCUCAGAGUGUAGAGGUGAAGCCAGUCCUGCCCAGAGGACGCCAGGAGGUGCUGGGCAACUUGUCUGAGUUGGAGGAGAGGGAAGAGGAGGAGGAGGAGGCAGCAGGGCAGGCAUCGGGGGAUACAGGGACCUCACAAAGGGGCCACUUUGCCCAAGCCUUGGUGGUGGAGCAAGGAUGCACGCAAAGGGCCAUGGGGCCACUGGAGGUCAGCCCCGAGGCCUUCACCAGGGAGGAGGAGGAGGAGUGUCUGCUUGAUGGAGACCUCAGGCUGGCCUCCUCCAAAGUGGGGGCAGCUCCCUGGAACCGCCUCCUCAGCUUUUACAAGCAGCUGCAGAAAUCAGCCUUGACCAAGUUCCCUCUCAAGGAAGGCCUGCCCUGCGAGGAGAAAGGUGAGGAAGAGGAAACGGAGGAGGAGGACAGCUCGCUCAAGCUCUGUGUCCCAGGCAUUGUCACCCUCCAGUCGCCGCUGCAUGAGACGUUUAGGUCGACAGAUACAGUAGGUUUCGUGGAGUCGGAGUUAAAGAAGCUUCUGGUAGUACAACGGCAGUCCCGCCUCUGGAAGAUGGGCGGCCACGAGGGCCAGGAGCUGCUGGCCCAGCCAGAGAUCACCCUGGAGGAGGUGGGCAUUGUGGAUGGCCAGCACCUGCUCCUUGAAGAGGUGGAUGAGAUGGGAAACUGGCCUCCAGAGUGAAGCUGGUGCUGGCCCGAGUCUGCCCUGCCCCGGGGUCCUGCAGCCCGCACAGGGUCAUAGCCCCCUCUUCUUAGGGCACUUCAAGGAGCCCCUAGGUCCAAGGGGUCUUCAGUAAACGGUGUCCAUGUGUCUGCAGGGGGGGCCUGCCUGACAGACUGUCCCCACGCUUCAGACUCAGGCCUGUGAUGUUA